CAUCCCUUUCUCUUUCUCUAUCGACUGGUCUGCGUUUGGCCCUGUCAGAUGAGCUAGCAGCUUUGGCUUUCACGUCGCCGAAGUGCAGAAGAGGGGGCUGCCACGGACACAAUUUGCAAUUCAAACUUUUUUUUGUUUAACAAAAAGUGAAGAAGACUGUUAGCGAGUGCGGUGUGCGAUGUUGAGGCUAAUCUUUUUGGCCGCUCUCGCUGGGUUCACCCGGGCCAGUGAUGUGCUUGAGUACACUGAUGAUGAUUUCGAAAGCAAAAUCGGAGACCAUGGACUCGCUCUUGUGGAAUUUUUCGCCCCUUGGUGUGGCCAUUGUAAACGGCUAGCACCUGAGUACGAGGCAGCCGCCACACGUCUGAAAGGCACCGUCCCCCUGGUCAAGGUUGACUGCACAUCUAACAGCAACACAUGCAGCAAAUAUGGUGUCAGUGGCUACCCUACUCUGAAGAUCUUCAGGGAUGGAGAAGAGUCUGGUCCCUAUGAUGGUCCCAGAACUGCAGAUGGGAUAGUCAGUUUCCUUAAGAAGCAGGCUGGACCAGCUUCUGUUGAGCUCAAGGCUGAUGCAGACUUGCAGAAGUUCAUCUCAGACCAAGACGCAAGUGUUGUUGGGUUCUUUGCUGAUGACAAGAGCACAGCACAGGCAGAGUUCCUGAAGGCAGCCAGUGCCCUGAGGGACAAUUACCGCUUUGCCCACACCAACUCUGAGGCUCUCCUCCAGAGCCACGGCGUUGAUGGAGAGGGAGUCAUCCUGUUCCGCCCACCACGACUCAGCAACAAGUUCGAAGACAGCUCCGUUAAAUUCAGCGAGGAGAAAUUCACCAGCAACAAAAUCAAGAGGUUCAUCCAGGACAACAUCUUUGGAAUCUGUCCCCACAUGACGGACGACAACAAAGACCAGCUGAGGGGGAAAGACCUGCUGGUGGCCUAUUAUGAUGUUGAUUAUGACAAGAACCCCAAAGGUUCCAACUACUGGAGGAACAGGGUGAUGAAGGUGGCCAAGGAGUUCCUGGAUCAGGGCAAGAAGCUGAACUUUGCCGUGGCCAGCAAGAACACGUUCAGCCAAGAGGUGUCUGAGUUCGGCCUGGAUGGCAGCUCAGGAGAACUGCCUCUGGUGACCAUCCGCACCGCCAAGGGAGACAAAUACGCCAUGGCCGAGGAGUUCUCUCGUGACGGAAAAGCUCUGCAGCGUUUCCUGCAGGACUACUUUGACGGCAAGCUGAAGCGCUACCUCAAAUCAGAGCCCAUCCCAGAGACCAACGACGGACCUGUGAAGGUUGUGGUGGCCGAGAACUUCGACUCCAUCGUCAACGACAACAGCAAAGACGUUCUGAUCGAGUUCUACGCUCCAUGGUGUGGACACUGCAAGAACCUGGAGCCCAAAUUCAAUGAGCUGGGAGAGAAGCUCGCUGACGAUCCCAACGUUGUCAUUGCCAAGAUGGAUGCCACAGCCAACGAUGUGCCAUCUCCAUAUGAAGUCAGCGGUUUCCCCACACUGUACUUUGCCCCGGCUGGACGGAAGAUGAACCCAAAGAAAUACGAGGGAGGUCGCGAGGUGAGCGACUUCAUCUCUUACCUGAAGAGAGAGGCCACCAACCCCUUGGUGAUGCAGGAGGAGUCCAAGAAGAAGAAGAAGAAGAAGAAGGAUGACGAUGACAAGAUAGAGCUAUAAAAGCCCCAAGCAGGAACUCAACACCCCCCCCCACAACAGGAGGAGGAGGAUUGGGGAAAUCCAUGCAAAGAAAGAACUAAAUUUUAUUCCACUCUCUUAGUGAACUACCGAAUGCUCUGAAGCCGAGUCGAAAAGAUGCGGCGCCCCCUUUAGGUCCUCCGCUGCUCUGGGAAAACUGUUGAAGGUGGAGAGGUGGUGGCCAGGGCCUGUCUGAUGUUUAAAAACAAAAACAAAUUUUUAGGGAAGAGGGGACAGCUUUUGACAAAUUGAGAUUUUUAUUUUCCCUGGCCUGUGCCACACCUCAGGCUGAUGCACUUUGGUUUGACACCAGUCAUCUGUUGGUUUUUGUUGUCGUCACAGGGGAAAGUGGUAAUGGUGAAUUCCUUUUUCUUUUCUUUUUUUUGUUUUUGUUACAUGUCUUUGUUUUUGUACAUUUGGAAGGAUUGUGAAAUAAAAAGGCCCACAAAACCAAA